CGGGAGUUCCCGGUGCUUUGGAACCCCCUGACGUGUUCUCCCGCCUUCUCCCCAGUAGGGUCCGCUCGGCGGAGGCGGCCGGAGCGGGGGGAGGAGGCGGCGGCGGUGGGGGGAAGAGUCCCUGCCUCCCGCCCCGCCGGUAAGAGCACCGGGACCGGGCGGGCUGAGCGCCUGCUGGGCUUCGAGCUGCGGGACCUGACGCGGUGGCACCGCUUCGUCCGCUUGCUGCACCGGCCCACGGACCCCGCCGCGCUCGGAGCCUUCCGGGGGGCUUUCGGGCUGCUGAUGGCGCUGGAUGUGCCCCAGGAGCGCGGGCUCGGACACCUGGACCAGCGGUUCCUGGACGGGCUGGAGGUUUGUCGCUUCCCGCUGCUGCCCUUCCUGCGCCCGCUGCCCCUCGACUGGAUGUACCUGCUCUACACCGUCAUGUUCCUGGGAGCGCUGGGCAUCAUGGUGGGGUGCUGCUACCGGCUGAGCUGCGCCGCCUUCCUGGGGCCCUACUGGUACCUCCUGCUGCUGGACAAGACCUCCUGGAACAACCACUCGUACCUCUACGGGCUGCUGGCCUUCCAGCUGGCGCUGCUGGGCGCCGACCGCUACGGCUCAGUGGACGGGCUGCUCCGUCCCCAGAAGAGGAACGCCCACAUCCCGCUCUGGAAUUACACCCUGCUGCGUGCCCAGAUCUUCAUCGUCUACUUCAUCGCGGGGCUGAAGAAGUUGGACGCUGACUGGGUGUGCGGUUACUCCAUGGGCUCCCUCGCCCGGCACUGGCUCUUCGCGCCCUUCAAGCUGCUGCUGUCGGAGGAGCUGACGAACCUGCUGGUGGUGCACGGGGGGGGACUGCUGCUCGACCUCUCCGCCGGGUUCCUCCUCUUCUUCGACGCCUCUCGGCCCUUCGGCCUCAUCCUCGUCACCUACUUUCACUGCAUGAACUCACAGCUCUUCAGCAUCGGGAUGUUCCCCUACACCAUGCUGGUGGCCAGCGGGCUGUUCUGUCACCCGAGUUGGCCGCGUCGCCUCUGCGCCCGCUGCCCCUCUUGGUUUAGGGGGGUCCUUCCCAGCACCCGCCCCCCCCGACCGAGCCCCGAUUGCAUUUAUGGGGGACGGGGGGGACCCCGGGGGGGGCUACGAAAGCGUCAGCAUUUCGCCGCCGCCUUCACCCUCCUCUACAUCCUCGAGCAGCUCUUCCUGCCGUAUUCCCACUUCAUCACCCAGGGCUACAACAACUGGACCAACGGCCUCUACGGCUACUCGUGGGACAUGAUGGUCCACUCCCGCUUCCACCAACACGUCAAGAUCACCUAUCGCGACGGAGUCACCGGCGACGUGGGCUACCUCAAACCUGGGGUUUUCACGCAAAGCCGUCGCUGGAAGGAUCACGCGGAUAUGUUGAAGCAAUACUCGACGUGCCUGAGCGAGCUCCUGCCUCGCUAUAACGUCUCCCAACCCCAGAUCUACUUCGACAUCUGGGUCUCCAUUAACGACCGCUUCCAGCAGAGGCUGGUGGACCCGCGCGUGGACCUGGUGCGGGCGCCGUGGUCGCCGUGGACGCCUACGCCGUGGGUGCUGCCUCUGCUCCUGGAGCUCUCGCCCUGGCGCCAGCGGCUGCAGGAGUUGGAGAGCCGCCUGGACGGACACACGGACAUCGUCUUCAUCGCCGAUUUCCCUGGCCUUCACCUGGAGAACUUUGUCAGCGAGGACCUGGGCAACACCAGCCUACAGGUGCUGCGGGGAGAGGUGCUGGUGGAGCUGGUGGAGCAGCACCGGAACCUCUCCCUGCGGGAGGGCGAGGGGAUGCAGCUGCCGCCGGGGCAGUACCACAAGGUGCACACGGUGUCCCCGGAGCCCUCGUGCUACUCUUACGUCUUCGUCAACACAACGGCGUUGGCGCUGGAGAAGAACCUGACGCGGCUGCAGGAGCUGCGGGACCGCGUACGCAACGGCACCGAGACGGAGCCGCUGCCCCCCGAGCUGCGGCCCAUCCUUGGGGAGCCGCUGGCGGCCGGCGCGGUGGCCGAUCCGGUGGUGGCCGCGUUCCUGCGGCGGCAGCGGCGGAUGGAGGAGCGGAGCCGAAGGCAGGAGACCAGCCUGGCCCAACGCUUCCUCCGCUUCCUCCGCAAGAAAUUCUACCUCUUCCGGCGCAGCGCGCUGAUGGCGUCCAUCUCGCUGCGGAACCUGGCGCUGGGCCGCCCGUCCCUCGAGCAGUUGGCGCAGGAGGUGACCUUCGCCAACUGGCGCGGUGAGGAAGAGGAGGCGCGGCCCGAGGGCGGCUCCGAACACCCCCAAUAACACCUCCAUGUUUUCAUCUCCCCCCCCAAUAAAUUCACCUUUUUUAAUCUCAUCCCCCCCACGGCCUCAGUUU